AUGUUGAAGAUAACGUUGUUGGUAGGGCUCGUCGCGUUAUGCGUCGUCCAGGGUAUGUCAUCGGCGGUCAGCCGUACGGCCGACAUGGAGUUCCUUCAAAAACAGAAGAAAAUCUACGAACUACUCCUCUACAUUAGGCAGAAUGAUCUGAUCGAUGCCGAGUACUAUGAACUCGGCAGGAAAUUCAACCCUGAGAGCAACAUAGACCUGUACAACGACCAAGAAGCUGUACAACAAUUCAUAUGGUCGUAUAAAAAUGGAUUGCUUCUGAGCCGCAAUGCCGUUUACACUACGUACAACUACGAACACCGUAUGGAAAUGAAAAUGUUGUUCGAGGUGUUUUAUUCAGCCAAAGACUUCCAAACCUUUUACAAAACCGCCUGUUGGGCACGGAUUAACGUGAACCCCGGGGUCUUCACCACAGCCUUCACUGUCGCAGUGUUCUACAGAAAUGAUUGUAAAUACAUGAAGCUCCCACCCAUCUACGAAAUCUACCCUAAUCUCUUCUUCAGCUCCAAAGUCAUCCAAGACGCCCAGGACUUCAAGAUGGGCCAAGGUUACGGAAGCUCCCAAGGUAUAGGAUCUUCGGAGACCUACAAGAUCUACGCCAACUACAGCAGCGCGUACAUGCCAGACGUAGACAGUGAAUACAAACUGGACUACUUCAUGGAAGAUGUCGAAUUAAACUCUUUCUACUACUACUACCAGCAGGUGUUCCCAUUCUGGCUCAGCAGUAAAUACUUCAACAUUCCCAAGGAGAUACGUGGACAGUUCUACUACUUCUUCUACAAGCAACUUAUGGGCAGAUACUACCUCGAACGAAUGUCUCAAGGACUCGGCGAAGUAAACGAUUUCGACUGGUACAAACCGAUCUACCCUGGAUACUACUCGACGCUGACCUACUCCAAUGGCGUACCUGUUCCUCAAAGAAACAAAUACUCGGACAUCCCCUACUACAAAUACAAACACCUUCAGGAAAUUUCCGUGCUGGAGGCGAGGAUAAUGGACGCCAUCGACUCCGGUUACUUCGUGGGCCAGGAGGGCAAACAAAUAAACUUCUACUCGCAGGAAGGUCUGGGUAUGCUGGCCAACGUGAUUGAAGGCAAUGAGGAUUCGUACAACAAGAGAUUCUACGGAAGAUUCGACGCUCUUGCGCGCGAUAUCCUUGGUUUCAGUCCCGAAUACAGCAAUAAGAACAACGUAAUCCCUAGCGCUCUUCAGAGUUCUCCCAUCAGCAUGAGGGACCCAGCUUUCUACAUGCUAUACAAGAGAGUCAUGUCGUACUUCUUCAGGUACCAUUUACUAUUUUAUCUUUGA